GGGCCGGCCCUUUGCCUCAGGUCUCAGAUUCCCUUGGAUAGCCUCCAUAUCUGUGUGUUGCAUUAAGUGGUGUGUGGUACAGACCCGGCUGUCGGAAAGUCAGAAUGUUCUGCUGGCUUCUUGGAGGGAUACUUUGUAACUGAUAACUAACCAAGUAAACCUUGUUCAUAUCCUACGGCAGGGAGGAGUCAAAAUAAUAAAUGUUUGAAAUAAGGCUGAAGUGACUUUUUUUUUUUUUUCAGGAUGUCAGAAAGGAGGUUCUUCAAAGCCAUCACUGCCAGUGUCAUGAAGGCAUAUUCCCUUGUGGAUUCCAGUCAAGUGUCUACCUUCCUGAUCUCUAUUCUCCUCAUAGUCUAUGGCAGUUUCAGGUCUCUGAACAUGGACUUUGAGAAUCAAGACAAAGAGAAAGACAACAGCAGUGCCGCUGGGUCUUUUAAUGGCAACAGCACCAAUAACAGUAAGGGUAUUCAAACCAUCGAUUCCACCCAGGCGUUGUUCCUGCCCAUCGGAGCGUCCGUGUCUCUCCUUGUUAUGUUCUUCUUCUUCGACUCAGUUCAAGUUGUCUUUACAAUAUGCACAGCAGUCCUUGCAACAAUAGCUUUUGCUUUCCUUCUGCUCCCGAUGUGCCAGUACUUAACACGGCCUUGCUCACCUCAAAACAAGAUUUCCUUUGGCUGCUGCGGGCGUUUCACUGCUGCUGAGUUGCUCUCAUUUUCUCUGUCUGUGAUGCUUGUCCUUAUCUGGGUCCUAACUGGCCACUGGCUCCUAAUGGAUGCUCUGGCUAUGGGCCUGUGUGUUGCAAUGAUAGCCUUCGUUCGGCUGCCGAGCCUGAAGGUUUCCUGCUUGCUGCUCUCUGGGUUACUAAUUUAUGAUGUCUUUUGGGUCUUUUUUUCUGCCUACAUCUUUAACAGCAAUGUUAUGGUGAAAGUGGCCACACAACCAGCUGAUAAUCCCCUGGAUGUGUUAUCCCGGAAACUUCACCUGGGACCAAAUGUAGGCAGAGAUGUUCCCCGUCUGUCGCUGCCUGGCAAACUUGUAUUCCCAAGUUCCACAGGGAGCCACUUCUCCAUGCUGGGGAUUGGAGAUAUUGUGAUGCCAGGGCUUCUGCUCUGCUUUGUCCUGCGUUACGAUAACUACAAAAAACAAGCCAACAGUGAUUCCUGUGGUGCCCCAGGACCAGGGAACAUCUCUGGGCGGAUGCAAAAGGUCUCUUACUUUCACUGCACACUUAUUGGCUAUUUUGUAGGUUUAUUAACUGCAACAGUAGCUUCUCGUAUUCAUCGGGCAGCCCAGCCUGCCCUGCUCUAUUUGGUACCAUUCACUUUAUUGCCACUCCUCACCAUGGCCUAUUUAAAGGUAAGAGGGCAGGACACGUGGGCAGCAGGGAGCUCUGGGCCAGCUGGCAGCAGGGUCGCUGUCCUUGCACUGGGCAGCAGCUCUGGGGGAUGAUGUGUGUCCCUGGCAGGCCUGGCCCAGAACAGGGGAACCUCUGCUCUCGGGUCAGUCUUCACUUCAGAGGACUGAACAACUGAGAAAUUAAUUCCUGAAAUAGAAGAUCAUUAAUGCGCAUAAAGUACCAGUAAUUCUAAACUGAAUAAAUUUUAAAUUCUAAAUUCUGUUAUAAUGAGUGAAUUUGUCCUUGUCCAGUUGGUCAUGAAGUACCACGUGCACAGAGUUUGAACAGUGACUGGAGAGGCACAGCCUUGCUUGCCUCUUCCCAGUCACCUGCUCUGAACAGAAAUUGUGAAAUUUACCUUUUCUGUUCCAGGGCUGUUGUUGAAGUACACAUCUAGCACUCUGCAGAGCAGAACAUAAGAAAGGGCAGGAUUUUCAACCCGAGUAAUUAUUUCCUUCCCAUCUGAAACCUAUUUUGGGUAUAUCUGCUAUAAAAGUAAGACAUUCUGGCCUGACAGAGAAAGGAUUUAUUUUUACUGCCUUUAUUGUAAUUUGCAAAACAGGUGAAGAAGAUAUUUGCUCUAAGAUUUGUUUGCAAUUCUGUGUGCACUUUAAAAUGUGACUUCUAAGCAGAGUUGAGAGUUUCUGAGGGCAGGUCCUUGUGCUGUUUCCCUGCCCAGGGCGAUCUACGUCGCAUGUGGUCUGAGCCUUUCCACUCCAAGUCCAGCAGCUCCCGUUUCCUGGAAGUAUGAUGGAACGGACAGGAAGUGACCUGAACUUCUGCCUUGGUCCUUUUCACUUUAACUUGUGGCUUUGUUGUCUCCUAAAGCUGGACUGGCUGGUACUUGGGAAGGUACCAGUGAUGGGACAUGUAUGAAAGAACUUUGUAUUAAAGGAGGGAAAGAAACAAAAGCUAAAAUCGCAGAGCUCUGCGUGACUGCGUAUCUCCCUGCAGAUGUGGAAUUGGGGACCCUUUGUGCAACUGCAGCCACUUUCCUCUUUCCUCACUCAGAUGGAUUAGUACCAGACUAUUACUUUGUGAGAGAGGAAGAGACAGACUUGAAACUAAAAACGGCUUGAAGUCGUUCAAAAACUUGUGAACACUAAACACAAAAACAGUUAAGCAAACUGAGGCUUCUUCAGAGAACCCCUUGUGGACAUUGGGACCAGUUUCCUGCGGGACUUCAGUUUUGAAAAGAACUGAGACAGAAGAUCUUCUGUCACGAUAUUGGGUUUUUUUUGAUUUAUUAAAUAUUUCCUGUGGUGUGAGGUUACUUAUUAAAUCCACAGACAUUGAGUGACUUCUUGCAGUAUACAUAUAAAAAUUUGUUGUAACAAGUUACAUUUCCACCCAGAUGUCAUAUUGCAGUGAAAAAGGGCACGAUUUUUAUACAUAUAUAUAUACACACAUAUAGAUAUAUAUAUGAAUAAAUAAAAAGGAAAACCUGCUAAGAUCAUGCUGUGUAGCAGACAGGGGCUUGCUGUAAUUUUUAGCAUGUAGCACAGUUACUCUGGCUUAUGUAUAUGGAUCUACAAUGAGCUGCUGUUUUCCCCCCCCCCCCUUCCAACAACUGAACCUGCAGUUUAAAACCAAGUGUAGUAUUUGUACUGGUUGUACCAUGGACUUUAGGGGAUAUUUGAUUUGAUCAAUGUAGCAAACUAGGGAAGAAAAAAGUUCUAACCCAGCCCUGUGUGUCUGAGGGGGGAGGAGGUGGGGGGUGUCUUUUUUCUUUUUUUUCUCCUUUUUUAAUUUUUUUUUUUUUUACAAACAGCUCCCUUGCAGGUUUUUAGUAGUUUUUUCUUGACCAGUGCAUGUAUUAUAGCAGCAAUUGUCUUUGUGCUUUCUGAUCAUAGUAAUGUAUCACUUGUAAAUACAUUUUUUCUAUUUUCUAUUUUUUUGUAUUUUUUGCAUUUUGUUUCAUUAGUGUGCUGUAUUUUUCCAUGCCCCUGCCCCUCAAAGAAAAAAAAAAAAAGAAAAACUGUCCUUAACUGUUGUGACUGGUUGGAAUUUGUGUGUUGACCGCUUUGUACCUGUAGUCUGUUAAAAUGUGGAUUUUAUUCUUUCUUUUUUGAAAACCAGCAGUUCCAGUUGUUAUUUUCUUGACUGAAAGGCUUCCCUGAGGUAACUAAGCUUUCUUCCUUUCAAGCACUGUGCCAAGCUGGGUUUGGGGAGCUCUCCUGAGAGCUCACAGCUCUUAUUAGCUGACAGAUGCUGAGAAGUGUGUGUUAGUGGCAUGGGAGAAGGAGGAAUGUUGGAGCCUGGCUCUGACUGAGCAGUGGGGUGACUUUGGCACCGGUUUCCUUCCAGGUAAGGGUGGGGUUGGUCAAA